AUGAGUGGUCUUGAUCCUGAUCAACUUGAACAACAAUGUAAGGAAGAGAUCACUAUCGAAGAUUUGAUCCCAACGUUCGGUUUAUUUAAUUCGAAUUUGGAAGAAAAAUCGUUUCAUUUUUUAAGCACAGAUUCUUUGAAAUUUCUUUUAUUUCGUUUAUCUUUUCAAGUUCUUGUUGGAAUGAACCAUGAUGCAGCUGCUUUGGAUGAAAUGUGUAGCUACUGUCGAAACCAACACAAAUCCAAUACGGCCCAACUGAAAAAAAUUGAUCAAUUUCGAGGAAGAUAUGAUAAAGAUAAAGCCAUUUAUUAUUAUACCGAAGAUUCAUUUGUCUAUCGUCUUAUUAAUCAGGCGUUUCGAUCAGAAGAUAUAGAUCGCAUCUUCAAAUGCCGACACUACAUCACCCAUCUGCAUCAACAUUUGGCCAAACAAGCUAAUCAACAGGGAGCAAGUGGUAUUGACAAACACGUUUAUCGAGGUCAAACGUUGCCGAUCGUUGUACUGCAAAAAUUAAAGGAAAAUGAGGGUAAACUCAUUUCAAUCAAUGGCUUUCUUUCAGUAACACAAAAUUCCUCUUAUGGUGCCCAAUACGCUUGUGUUGGAACGUGUAACGAUAAAUAUGCAAGUGUAAUAUUUGAGAUGAAAAUUGAUCCAACAAAAAACACAACAGUGCCAAUUGCUAAUAUUACGAAACUAAGUAACUCGCCGCAUGAAUGUGAAAUUCUUUUUUCGAUAGGCUCUGUAUGGUAUCUUGAAUCGGUAGAAGAAGAUACUUUUUACUGGACAAUUAAACUCAAAUUUUGUGAUGAUUCCAAUCCGCAAUCGGCCCAGCUUGACGAACAGUUGACCAAACUUGAUGAAUGUUUGACAAAUGGUAGUACAUAUCUCUCACUUGGUAACAUCUUACGAGCACUUGGUGAUAAACCAAAUGCUGAAAACUUUUACCAACGUAUGCUGGAUGAUCGCACUCUUUCAUAUAAAACUCGUGGACAUAUCUAUUAUAACAUUGGAACGUUGGCUGCUGAACAAGGCAGAUACGAAGAUGCACUGAAAAAUAUUCAAAAAGUGGAAGAAUCGAUUCGAUCAGCAGCAGAAUUAAGUGAUCGUCAAGAAAUGAACUAUGAAUUAGUGUAUUCGUAUAAUAGAUUACCUUCUCGUUUACGCGUUUUCAACACGUUGGGUCUAUUGUAUCGAAAGAAGGGUGUUUAUGAAGAUGCACACUGGUCAUUUACGCAAGCUCUCAAGGAGGAAGGUCACGUACUCGAGAAAGCUAUAGUGAAUAAUAAUCUGGGCUUGCUCGAAUUCGAUUAUGGCAAAUAUGAGCAAUCUCUAAAAUAUCACACUAAAGCGAUCGAAUUGUCUCAAGAUCAUCUAUGGCUGAAGGAGCUAUGGCAAAACUGGACUAGAGUCGAGAAACAUAUUUCUCAAAUGAAUCAGGAUCAUGGCCCUGGCCAUAUUUCUUUCUGGCGACACGCUCUCUCCCUUGCACACUGGUUUCAUGCUAUGCUCUCUCUACGUGCUCUGUCACGUAUGUUAUUCUCUCUCUCCUGGUUGCAUGUGUCGUAUAAUGUUGCUUCUCGCGUGACAGAAUGCGCACGAAACAUAUUCUAUUCGCUGCUGUUCUGAGGUUCAGAAUUCAUUUGCUGUGUUCGUUUUCUGUUACUAAAGUUGUAAAACUUAUCACAAUAACAGAUAAACUAGUUUCGCUCCUAUUCUAUAAACAAAAGACAACGAUCGAGAGAAGUCGGAGUGCAAAUAAAUUUCCCGGCGAUCUGAAACGAAUAAGCGACACAUCCUACAGUGAGUCGAAAAAUUCUUCAUUCAAUCGCACUUCGUUCAAUUUUCGUUUUCUUUUCUUAAAAAAAGAAUUAGACCGCAGAUCUUGUUACGUUUCACUCUAUAGACUUUGCGAAUAAUUUAGGCACAAAAACUUUGACUUCUUAUUUUCGUUUACUGUUUUUCUUCGAAAAGCAAUGUGGCAGGAUGGACGAACAAUUUUUCGACUAACUGUAAUCGGAUCCAAAGUAAUAAUUGAGCAUUCAAGCAUUUUCUUUUCACCAACAAAUUUAACAUAUGCAACGAUAGCAAUACACAUAGAGAACAUAACAUCUAGCAACUAGAGGGUGUGGGUGUCGGGUGUGGGUGUGGGU